AUGACAAGGAGACUAUGGGUCGUUCUUACCUGCCUAGUCUAUGCAGCCGAAUGCGACAUAUUGGAAAUGACCGGAUUUCACUGUAAGAAUGCGAAUUCGAUGCGGUUAGAUCGUUCACUUCAUGGAGCGCCUCAUAUGACGAUUCCACCGUUUGAAUUUUCGAUAUCUGACGAAGAAGGCAAUGCGGUUGAAUACUACGAGCCCGGAGAAAUAUACAGAGGUAGGACUAAGGUUUCGUAUUCAUUUGGCUUACAGGGUAGUUGA